AUGUCGGGCUUGGGAAAGCUCUACGCUGCUGUGAUCGGAUCCGGUGCUGCGGGACUCUGCGCGGCCCGUCACCUUCUCUCCCGCCCGGACACCUUCGCGCCACCAGUGGUGUUCGAGCUCACCAAGAACAUUGGAGGAACGUGGGUCUAUGAGGAAAGGGUGGGAUGUUACGACAAUGGCUUACCGAUUCACAGCAUGUACAGGGACCUCAGAACCAAUAUUCCCAAAGAGGUGAUGUCUUUCCCUGACUUUCCCUUUGCAAAGCAUCUCCCCUCUUUUGUCCAUCACACUGAGGUACGGAAGUACCUUGAGCAGUACUGUGAUCAUUUUCGCCUGUGGAACAUACAGUUUGGCACCUCAGUUGCUUCAAUGACCCCAGAAGAUGUGGAGGGUGGGUGGAAUGGGUUGGCUUGGAAUGUCAGCUCCAACAAUAGUGUAGACCACAGCAAAUCCACUACAGAGCAAUUUGAUGCUGUUAUGGUGUGCAAUGGUAUUUUAGGGACACUGAUGCACAGUCAUGAUUAUCGUACUGCUGAACCUUUGGCGGGAAAGUCAGUGGUGCUGCUGGGAACUGGUCUCUCUGGACUAGAUAUUGCCAUGGAGCUCUCCAAUGUUGAAGCUCAGGUAAUCCUGAGUCAUGGACAGCAGCCUUUGACCUGCCCCCUUCCUCCAGGAGUCCAGCAGGCUCCUCCAGUAACUUCUGUACUGGAUGAUGGCACUCUAGAGUUCAAAAAUGGGAAGAGAGCCAAGCCAGAGGUGGUCCUGUUUUGUACAGGCUACAACUUCACCUUUCCGUUCCUAGAUAAGAAAGUGGAUGUAAAAGUGCAGGAGCACCUCGUCUGGCCUCUCUAUAAAUUCCUAAUACCUCCAGCUUACCCUUCACUCUUUAUAGUGGGCAUCUGCAGAGCUAUUUGCCCCUUCCCACAUUUCCAUAUUCAGAAAUGA